CACACCACUUGUAAACUGAAACGGAGGCAUAUGACCGCAUUCCGCCAAAUGACCCCCUCGAGUUGCGCUGCAGCCAAUGGGAGCAGCCCAGGGACAGGGAGAAUCGUUGACGAAACAACGCGCAGCCAAAGGGACAACCACAACGCAACGCGAGCCUCGCCCGGCGUUAACGAAUAGCCAAUCCCCCUCAAAUGCCUCGUCUGAUUGGUGAUUGCCUCCUCGUCCGGCGUUAAAAAGCAGCCUCGGCUCCUCCGCGCAUCCGAACCGAGCCUCGCCACCAUGAUCUCCCCGCGCCCCACUCUCUCCUCCGGCUUCUUCUCCCGCUCCGCCUCCUUCUCCCGCCCCGGCUCAUUCUCCCCCUCGCCGCCUGCCUCGCCGGCCGCGCAGGCGCCGCCGCGGCUGCUCUCGGCCCCGUUCGCGCGCCACGCCACCUUCUCCCGCUCCGCCUCCGCCGUCGCCGCGCCGGGCCGCGGCGCCUCCUCCUGCUUGUACGACGUGCUCGGCCUCGACGCCGGCGCGAGCGACGGGGAGAUCAAGGCCGCGUACCGCCGCCUGGCGCGCGCCGUCCACCCGGACGUGUCCCCGCACCCCGCCGCGUCCGCCGACGACUUCAUACGGGUGCACGCCGCCUACAGCACGCUCUCCGACCCCAGCAAGCGCGCCGACUACGACCGCCGCAUGAUCAUGAUCCCCUCCGCCGUCGGCCGCCGCAGCGCCCCCAACCUCGCCCGCUCGCCGUCGUUCCCCGGGUGCUGCCGCCGCACCUGGGAGACCGACCAGUGCUGGUGAUCGACGUUUUCGGCCGGAGUGGCCUCCGGCUGGUUCCCCGGGCGGUUAGAAAUGCAAAGGUUACCGCGGCCACUAGGCUCACUUGCAGUGGUGGCCGGGUCACUGCGCUUCUAGAAUAAACAGUAGUAGUACGUACUCUGUUAUUAGCGCAACGUACAAUUAGUCUCACACUUCGCUGUGGCUUGUAUAGAAAACAAAAGAUCGAUGUAUGGCGUCGUGUGUGACGUCCGUCUAUUUUGAAGUUUAUCAUGCAUGUUCGGCUUGAUGUGGUGAUCUGACAGUAGGAUUUGUUAAAUCAUAAUGAGCUGGACUCCUGGCGAUGCUGAGAACCGGAUGGUGAUCUUGGUGUACUUUUCUUCUUGCGUGCGUGGUGGCUGCUGCGGACCUGGGGGGCUGCGGCUUGUGGAGUCUGAAUACUUCAAAGCACUCCCGGUUUUCUUCGAGAGAAAGGAACUGAUGGUGCUGAAUCAUCCAGUGGCAAGACUCCAAGUCGUUGCAAGAGCCGAAAGGGACGUGAAUGAAUAUACGUUUGCUCUAA